GGCCCCCAGAUUGCAAAAGCCAGAGGUGUAAGAAGCAGAAGCAGCAGCAACAGCAGCAGCAGCAGCAGCCAGCCAGCCAGCCAGCCACACACACACAAAUUCUUCCUCAGAUCCUCACCUAAGCUUUCAGUAUAUCCAGAUCCGCAUCUUCACUCAAGCCGGGAGAGGGAAAGAGGAAAGGGGGGGAGGAAAAAAAAAAAGCCAACAACUUAGCGGAAACUUCUCAGAGAAUGCUCCAAAACUCAGCAGUGAUUCUGGUGCUGGUUAUCAGUGCUGCUGCAACGCACGAGGUGGAACAGAAUGACUCUGUGAGCCCCAGAAAAUCCCGGGUGGCGGCUCAAAAUUCAGCUGAAGUGGUUCGCUGCCUCAACAGUGCCCUGCAGGUUGGCUGUGGGGCUUUUGCAUGCCUGGAAAACUCCACAUGUGACACAGAUGGGAUGUACGACAUCUGUAAAUCCUUCUUGUACAGUGCUGCUAAGUUUGACACUCAGGGAAAAGCAUUUGUCAAAGAGAGCUUAAAAUGCAUCGCCAACGGGAUCACCUCCAAGGUUUUCCUUGCCAUCCGGAGGUGCUCUACCUUCCAGAGGAUGAUUGCCGAGGUGCAGGAGGAGUGCUACAGCAAGCUGAACGUCUGCAGCAUCGCCAAGCGCAACCCGGAAGCCAUCACUGAAGUCAUCCAGCUGCCCAAUCACUUCUCCAACAGAUACUACAACAGACUUGUCCGAAGCCUUCUGGAGUGUGAUGAAGACACAGUCCGCACAAUCAGAGACAGCCUGAUGGAGAAGAUAGGGCCCAACAUGGCUAGCCUCUUCCACAUCCUGCAGACAGACCACUGUGCCCAGACGCACCCCAGAGCCGAUUUCAACAGGAGGCGCACAAACGAGCCACAGAAGCUGAAAGUCCUCCUCAGGAACCUUCGAGGUGAGGGGGACUCUCCCUCCCACAUCAAACGCACCUCCCAUGAGAGUGCGUAAGCAGGGGGAGGUAUUCACAGCCUCGGCGAAUAGCAUUUUAGGGGUGUUGACACACCAACUUUGAGUGUACUGUGCCUGGUUUGAUUUUUUUUUUUAAGUAAUCUCUAUUUUCUAUCCGCCCCCCCCUUAAAGAAAAUUGCAUGAAACUAGGCUUCCGUAAUCAAUAUCCCAACAUUCUGCAAUGACAGCACUAUUACCAACGGAGUACACGUGAUCAUUCAUCCUCUCCUUGAGAGACUGUAGUCUCUUUUAUCCCCUCUCUCUAUGAAUUCUUUUCCCAGAUCCCUACCAAUUGCUCCUCAAACACAAAACGUUCAUGUAACUUCCCAGUCAUUGUAAUCUGAAGACGUAGAGCCCUUUAGAAUGGUCACCCAGUAGAGUUAGCCAAUACAAAACAACUUUAUUUAAAUGCAUGUCUUAAAUGCUCAUAAAUAUGUUGAAUGGAAUUCGUGUUAUGAAUCUGUGCUGGCCAUGGACGAAUAUGAAUGUCACGUUUGAAUUCUUGAUCUCUAGCGAGUCUUAUGGUCUCUAUCCUCCAAUGCCUAAUUUCCUUUCUGACAUAUUUACCAAAUUGCUCAAGCCUGGUUCUCCCACCAGACUUUGAGCCAGCAUCUUCUUGCAUCUAAUGAAAAACAGAAAGCUAACAUCUUUAUGUACUGUAACUGCUCAGAGCUUUAAAAGUAUCUUUAACAAUUGUCUUAAAAACAGAGAAUCUUAAGGUCUAACUGUGGAAUAUAAAUAGCUGGAAACUAAUGUACUGUACAUAAAUUCCAGAGGACUCUGCUUAACUAAGCAGUCUAUAAGAACUUUAUCGCAUAUAGAUUUAGUUUUGUACCUUAGCUUUAUUUUCCUUUUCCUGGGAAUGAAAUAACUAUCUCACUUCCAGAUAUCCGCGUUCAUGCUCCUUGUGGCCUUUUUUAUAACUAAGGGGGUAGAAGUAGUUUUAACUCAACAUCAGAACUUCAGAUGGGCCUAUACGAGAUAGGAAAACCCAACAGGUUAUCUGAAGGACCCCAGGUAAAAUGUCAAUCUCCCAGCCCACCUCAACCCAGAGGCUACAUUUGACUUAGGUGUAUCUUGAAAAGGUUCUGUCACAUCCAACUGGGAAUUAGGACUCAAACAGAUCACCCCUUUGGGCUUGGACACUGAGUGUGACAAGGCCUACUGUCCCCUUGGAAGUGGCAGUUCUUGGCUCAUAACCUUCCAUCAGUGCCUGGCACUCUGGUCAGUGAUGGUGUGGGAGAUUCUAAGCCAAUCAGGAAUGAGUCAAUCAGCCUUUGGGUCUUCAGUCUGGGGAACUUGGGCUUCAGGGGGUGUAAAUAACCCUGGGAUGUCCCGCCUUAAUAGACUCCUCUUCCAUUGUCCUGUAACACGCUGCUUGCCAAAGUAGUCCUGGCAGCUGGACCAUCUCUGUAGGAUCUUUAAA